UCAAUUUGAGUCCCUAUUUUCCCCACAAGAAGUACUUUCAGUUCUCCAUGAGAUUCAGCUUUCAUUUUCUCUUGACAUGGGAAGAGUUUGAGCAUGCGUCGUUCUCCCCGCCCAAUUAGAUAUACUCGCUUGAUGUGUUUUAGAAAGGUUAGAAGGGGUUUGUUCUGUGCUCUAAGGUUUUUACGUAAUUUGGCUAACGUUACUUUGACUCAGCUUUAUCUUAGUCAACGGCGUCUGAGGGAGUCAGAUGAGUAUGGCUCGACAUGGGAGCAUAAAGACGAAAAUAAAACGGACAGAACUAAUGUGUUUCACGAAUGGAGUCGCGGUAAAAACAUGUAUGCUGCAAGGGACAUGGAAAACUUUCGACGUAGCUGUCAGGACUUGGAUGGUAAUGAUAUCAGUGAUGAAAAUGAUGCUGAUGAAAAAGAUAAAGGUCACUUCUGUAACCUAGCAUUCCACCAUGGUCAAAUAAAAUCUUCACCUGACGAUGUUCACAUUGAUGAAUUUCACCAGCAAUGGUGGGGUAAAUACGAGAGGCUGGAAAAUGUACACUCCUACAUUCAAUGGUUGUUUCCAAUACAAGAGCCAGGGGUGAAUUGUAAAGCACACGUGCUCACAAAAAAGGAAAUAAAGCUUUUCCGUAAAGAUAAACAAGCAAAGAGUAAAUUGGUGAAAUCAUAUAAGCUCAUGUUGGAUUUCUACGGUAUACGUUUAGCUGAUGAAUCAACAGGAGAGGUGGAACGGGCUCCUAACUGGAAGAAUCGCUUUAGGAACCUGAACAGACACACACAUAACAACCUUCGCAUCACUCGCAUCCUGAAGUGUUUGGGGACUCUAGGAAUGAAGCACUACCAGGCCCCACUCGUCAAGUUCUUCCUCCAUGAAACUCUUGUGGAGGGACACCUUUCAAAUGUGAAACAAAGUGUACUGGAUUACUUUAUGUUUGCCGUAUUGGACAAGUCAGAGAGACGAGAGCUGGUAAAAUUUGCUUUAGAGCAUUUUAAGCCCCAAAAACAUUUUGUCUCGGGUCCUGAGGAAAAUGUGGCCCAGCCUAUAGAGAAUAAACAGAGGAGCACUGUAGAAGAUAAUCUGAAAAGGCUGAAUAAGUAUGAGGCAGUUAUUCUGAACAAACCGACGGUAACAAAUAGUGAUCAAGGGGCAAAUGAAAACAGUCAGUGCAUGUCAGAAAAUAAUAAUAUAACACCAGCAAACAUGUCUCAUGGUGAUAAUGAUGAGAGUGGUCCUCACCAAACUGAAGUGUCUUUAUGUCAGAUGCAUGAUUUGUCUGGGGUCAGUGAUAAUGACAGCGGUCUUCAGCAAUUUAAAGAAGAGGCUUCAUGUCUGAUGUCUGACAUAAAAAUGAAGGAAAGUAAUGAAACAAUGUUGUAAUAGGAAAGCUAACAAGCACUGUAAAUGUAAGUCUCAUGAGUUUCUCUGUUUUUUUUUUCUAAGUUAAAUUACAGAAAAUAUAUUAUAAUGUC